GCGAGAAGGAACAACAGCCAAAAAGCAGGAGAGGAAGGACAAGAAGUUAAGGAGACAACCGAAAAGAAGGAAAGAUGGCUCGCCGAUCCCAGGGUACCAAACUCCACUUAGCAGUUCUGUGUCUAGUUGUGUCCUGUCAUGCCAUUGGCCUUAGUGACCUAAUGGAGAGAGCUUCCCAGCGAUCAGACAAGCUUCACUCACUCAGCACUUCCCUCACCAAGGACCUGGACUCUCACUUCCCACCAAUGGGACGAGUGAUGAUGCCACGCCCGUCUAUGUGUCACACCUCCUCACUCCAGACACCCAAGGACAAGGAGCAAGCACUCAAAGUAUCGGAGAAUGAGCUGAUCUCCCUGGCUCGCUCCCUCCUCCUGGCCUGGAACGAUCCCCUGCUGCUGCUCUCCUCAGAGGCGCCCACUCUGCCACACCCCUCCAAUGGCGACAUCAGCAGUAAGAUCAGGGAACUGCAGGACUACUCCAAGAGCCUGGGAGAUGGACUGGACAUAAUGGUCAACAAGAUGGGACCCUCCUCCCAGUACAUUUCUUCAAUCCCCUUCAAGGGUGGAGACCUCGGCAAUGACAAGACCUCCCGCCUCAUCAACUUCCACUUCCUCAUGUCCUGCUUCCGCAGGGACUCCCACAAAAUCGACAGUUUCCUCAAGGUCCUUCGAUGCCGGGCUACCAAAAUGCGACCAGAAACAUGUUAGGAGAAAAUGGCAGGCAUUUUGGUUCUGGAUUGUUCCAUUUUCAAACUGAUAGUCAAAAUGGGGUAGCCAUUUGAAGGAGAAUUCAAGGGGAUUGUUUGUUGAGUUUGAUUUUGUGAAAUAACUAAUGCUGCCACCUACAUCACAUUUGGACUAUUCAUAGACUAUACGUUGUAUAUCUGUUAUCUGAACCACAUUUUACCAUACAACUUAAGGUAGUUUAUGUUCGGUAAUGCAUUUCAUCAAAAAUAUGCAACCUAAUAUUGGCACUUAUAAUCAUAUUCAAUGAUUUAUAUAGAUAACAAAGGAUCCCUCCAAGUCAUUCUUAGUAGAUACAGAGUGCUGAUAGUUGACCAAUGACCAUCAUGAUAACAUUUGCACUUUAGAAUAUGAUUUCUCAAGUCACUUAUAUAACUUCUCUUAUACUAUACACAAUGUACUGUUUCACUAAAUACCAAAUAAAAUCUUUAUUGCAUUAUAAAACAUGAA